GUCAUUUUUCUCUCUCUUUAUGACUUCUUUAGACAUUUUUGAUCUUUUGAAUUAAAUAUAGGACAUAAAAAGAGUUAUUUUAGAUGCAUCCGUUAGAAAUCGAAAAUGAAAGAAGCAAAAUACGACAUUACUUCGUCAGCAAAAACGAGUUGAUCUGCAAUUUUCUUUGACAGAAGAGUCUAAACUCACUUACAAAUCCUGUAAACAAUGCUUUGCAUAACUCUACAGAGAAAUCCAACGAACCUAUAAGUAACCAAGGAAUGAAUAAACCACAAGCUUUCAGAAAUAACAAAAAAUUAACACUGAUGGUCAUAAUAGAAGCAAAUUAAAGUAUAAUAUUACCUGCAACUAUGCCAACCACAAAUACGCCRUCAAGCCCUCCAGUACUCCAUGGGCCGUGCUUGGCUGCCAAGGAGCUUUUGGAUGCUCUAACAAAGGCUCAAGCUAAUGGGAUGUCAGAAAGUAAACUGCUAGUAGAAAUGAGUGGCUCGCAUAAUGUUCACUGUUCAGAGAAGCUCUUCAUUCCAUACAUCAGUAAAAAUAAACUUGUGUCAUGGGUCUUUACUGUAACAUCAAGCUCUCUCAUUGGGCCAUGGUGCCAGCUAAAACAUGUCUUCAUGUUGGACCCAUUUCUACCAGAAUUCUCUAUCACAAAUAUCUCCUCAACUGACAAACCAAUACUCACGCUGCCUGCAAACUCUCAGGAAUGGUUAAACAACUUCAAAGAACCAGCUUCAGAGUAUAAGGUUACAGUACAGUUUGUUUCUAGUAGCUAUGGUAACUUCUAUCAGCACCUUGUCUUUGAUUUUGGAUCUAAUCCAAAGAUUGUUCGUAACCUUGGGGUGAUGGUUGCUCCUGAGCAGAGUCUGGUGAAACAGCUGACGUUUAAAAUUGCUUGUGAGGAGGAGAAUGAAUUGGCCUGGCUAAGCAAGUAUCCACUGGUUAUGUAUGAUGGGAAGGUAGAUGAUGGAAUGAGCAAAUCUUCUUAUUCCCUCCCCUCUAACAUGAAAAAUGCUCUGGAGUACGGCUCAUUUGAUCACAUGGAUGACAUAUUGUCACCGGUAAACUAUUGUCACAGGUUACAUACUCUGCUGUAUAUAGAAGAAUAUGAACGGCGAAAGCAAAUGACAAAGUUGAACCUACAUACAGAUGACAUACUUGAGUGCACCCAGCCAUCGAUAGAGUAUGUCAACCAGAUUAAUGUCAUCCUGCCAAUAAACCCAGAUAUCCUUGAAAACGCCAAUCAUUUGAUCAAUCGAAGUUCAUUUGCUCUUAUUAAAGUCAUCCCACCUGGGAAGCGAAAGACUGCUAAAAUCUUUGAAGUCACUGUGGAGGCUUUGAAGAAAGAUUCUGUAGUCUUUCUGAUUAGCGAAGCGUUAGAACUUGUGAUAAAGCAAGCCAAGUCUCCUCUCCCUGCAGACGUCUGUUUUCGGUUCGUGGACACCUACAAGUUCAUGCAUAAAGCCAUAGACAACAUAGAUCUCCUUUGCGUCUUUCCAUCGGAUCGUUCUGGCCUCUCUCUUGAAUGGGAAGUCGAAGCACACGCUUUCCUAAAUAAACCCCAGGCCACUGCCCUCAGUCACAUUUUGGACCCUCGCCCCAAGCCUCCACUUCUAAUCUUCGGUCCAUUUGGGACGGGAAAGACUAGAACUAUCGCGGAAGCUGUCAAAGAACUGUGUCGCUUACACUCAGGAAACCCUGAAGAGAAUCUUCGUAUUUUGAUUUGUACUCACUCUAAUAGCGCCGCUGACCAUUAUAUCGUGGACUACCUUCAUCCCUUUAUAACUUCAAAGAAAUCUGGAAGCUUCUUAUGCAAGCCGCUCAGAAUAUGCUGGGAAAACCGUUUUAUAAACUCUGUCAGCUUGACUGCCCUAAAAUACUGCUUGAUUGAUAAGAAGACGGGUAAAUUUGCUGUUCCAGAUAAGCAAUGCCUGGAUAGAUACAGGGUGGUCGUCACGACGCUUGUGACCGCUGAUGUCCUGGUUGGGCUCGGGUUGCCUUCUGGGUAUUUUAGUCACGUGUUUAUAGACGAGGCUGCACAGGCCAUGGAGGCGGAGAGUAUUAUUCCGUUGUGUUUGGCACAACCUUCCACGAGGAUAGUACUGGCGGGAGAUCAUCUACAGCUUGGCGCUAUCGUAUCCUCCCGCGUAGCUCGACGCCUAGCCCUCGACCGCUCUCUUCUUGUCCGCCUCUACGACUUCUACUCAGAAACAUCAAACUGUAGACUACUUCUUCUAGAAAACUACCGCGCCUACAAAGACAUUGUAGACAUUCCUUCGAAGCUGUUCUACGAGGGUACGUUAGUGGCUCACAAGACUAGACCACCGUCCUCUCAAUACCCAGUUCACUUCCAUGGCGUCCUCGGGAAGGAAGCAAGGGCUCCUGAUAUCGGUUCGUACUUCAAUAUGGCCGAAGCUGCGGAGAUCUGCGAGAGGGUUGAAGAACUCGUUGAUAGAUGGACUGCUGAGAGUGAUGAAAAUAUUGCUCUGGAGAAUAUUUGUGUUUUAGCACCGUACACUGCUCAGGUUCGAGAGAUUCGUCAGUUGUUGCGAAAGAAGAAGCUUGGACAAGUUCGAGUGGAUGGCGUGAAUAAUGUUCAAGGGUUAGAGUUUGAUGCACUUUUCAUAAGUACUGUUCAUACCUCAUACUCGAUGUCCGUGGAGGCGCUAGAGCGUGAUGAACUGGGCUUCCUGUCUGAUCCACGGCUUCUGAACACCGCUGUUACUCGAGCGAAGUAUCAUUUGGCAUUUGUUGGUGACCCUAGUGCUCUGUGUGGGGCUGGUGAAUGUAAGGCUUGCUGGAAGACAAUAUUAAGCAAGUGCAAUGAGAACGGUACAUUCCAUUAUCGUCUGUCGUUCGAGAAGGUCAUUGAAUACACCAAAUUCAGCUCUCAUACUUCACAGCCCACUUUAGACGAUCCGAGCAAUAACGCGAACUCUAAAGCACUGCCUCGUUUGGCUCAUGGAACACAAGCUCCGUCCAAAGGUACUGCCGUCACCAGCGAGAGGCCCACAUCGUCACCUAAUAUAUCCACCACAGCUGGCACGUGGAAUGGCGGGGUCAAUGGUAAUGUGUCAAUGCCUCAUCCAUUUCUAUCGCGUUUUCAGUUCAUGCCUCACAGACCCACAACAUCUGUGCCUACUUCCGGUGUAGGUAUUGGAGUCCCUACGAACAUGAUGUACGGUGCCCCACCACGACCCCCGGGUAACGUUAUGUACCCGCCAGGUCAAAUACCGGUGUAUCCAGGAACACCUACCGGGUAUAUGCGAGGAGUGGUCAUGCCGCCUAUGUACCCACCUACAAUGCUUCCUCGUUCGAGCUUCCCGUUUUCUGCGCUUACUCCUCCAGUUUCCUUGGUAACUGUUUCUAAACCAGGUCAAGUUCAAGGUCACGGUCAGCCAACUAGCCAAAUGUUCCAUCCAAGACAGUUGAAUUUUAAUGGUCAGUUUACUGCCCCAUAUGGUGACAGAAAUCCAGGCCAAGGUCAAGCUCACGGUCAAGGUCAGCCUGCAGGUCACAUGUUCAAUCCAAGUUCACAACAAAUGGCUUAUCAGUACACGGCGGCUCUAAAUGGAUCACCACUUUCUGGCCUGAAUUUAAUGCAGCUAAAUUACCUCAACCCUAAUGCAAGUCCAUUCCCAUAUCCUGGACAAGCUCAAACUCAACGAGAAAGUCCUGUUCUUAGCCAAUGCAGCAGCUCAUCAUCAGAUCUAUUCACUGGAGUAUCCCAGGCACAAAGUACUCCUACUCCACCGCCUCAUACUCCUAGUCCUAUUCCUCAAGCAGUCAGCUCUCCAUCCCCAACUUCAUUGAGUCCAACGGUGCUCCCAGCACCACCACCAGCGAAUCAAACGCCAACAGAAAACCCUGGAGUACGAAGUUAUGCUCAAGUUGCAAGGCAAGCUUCUGCAAAGGACGAACAAAAUCUUGACGCCUCAUAUUCGGGGUCUCCUCUUUCCCAGGUUGUCCAGAAUUUAACAUACAACGUAACCUUCAGGCAACAGAUUCUUUUGGAGGAAGAAAAAUGGCUGCUUGAGAUUUCUGCUGAUCCUACUACUGCAAAGGCUAUAGCUGAUAAUAUCCAGAAGCAGCAUCAAUUACUAGAAGAGGAGCGAAGGAAUGUCCUACGACGUCUGUCUUUAAAUGAGGCACUCGCGAGGCAUCUCAACGUCGACUGCUCUGCAGCUUCAAAUGCUGGCAAAAUGUGUAAAAGACCCUUUAAACUCGGAAAUGAAAUGCAGGAACAAGAUGAAGAGGAACUUGGAAACCUAGAAUCGUUAUCUAUAACAGAUGAUGCAAGGUAUGAGGAAUUCCAUGACUCGGACACUGAAGAAUGGUUUCAGUCGCGUCGCGAUGAUCCUUUAGUCAAGGAGUAUAUCAAAGCGUUCGAGUCACUUGUACAGGCUUUUUCGCCCGACACAGACGAUGAAGACUAUUUCCAUAGCAACGACGAGGAAGAGUUUCCAAGUGACGUAGUUCCAUUUGCAACGCGCGGCCAACCGCCAAACUGGACAUUGGAGCCAAGUAACGACGUCUCCUAUAUCGGGAAUGUAAUUCACCAAGAAUACUUAGAUGAGCGGACUGUUCAUUCCAUGCUUUUGAGUGAUGAGCUUCUUCUUUGUACCCUGGAGAUUAGCAGUUCCAUUGGUGGCUCUUGGGGUUAUGCYAAGGUCCUAGACCAAGAUAUCAAGGCAAUGCUCUUGGGAAUUCCCAAAGAGAGGGCUGGAACACGAUGUAAGGACGAUAACUGUUCAGAUAUCAUUAUCUCAAAUCGAUCAGAUAUGAACCGGGCACUCAAUGGUGACAUCGUCGCAGUGGAAGUAAUCCACCGAACGUCUCAGCAAAUUCGCGGCAGAGUCGUAUUCCUUUACAGAGAAGUUCAUUCUAGAGAAUACGUCUGCUUUGUGGACCUUCAAGAUUCAAAUAUCAUGAUCCCAAUCGACAAGACCAACCCGAAAGUCUUUGUGCUUCAGAGCAAAGAUCAUCGUGGAGAAAUCGGAGUUGCUGUAUUUUCCAUCAAAGAUGGCGAAACUCAUUGCCAAGCAUUCGAGACUGAGACAAGUGGGAAACUCUUUCUUGUUCGUUUGCUGGAAUGGGGAUCAAACUAUCGCUUUCCUCUGGGGAUUGUCAGGAAAUGUUUCCGAGAACCUUAUGAUCUUAACUCUGCUGUUCCUGUCUUUGCUGCAGAAUAUGGCAUACGGCUUAGCCAACCUAGUGAUGCCCUUAGCGAAGUAAGGAACGCCUACCACGACUCCUGGGAAAUACCCAUUGCUGAAUUACAAUGGCGUAAUCAUCGCUACUGCAAUGUCUUCACUCUUGACUGCAGCUCCUCGCUUGGUAUCGAGCUAGAUGACGCUAUAAGUAUUAAAAGGGAAAGCAAUAGUAUGUUCGAAGUUGGUGUCCAUGUAUCAGACGUGAGCUACUUCGUGCCCAAAGGUUCUUGCAUUGAUCAGGCUGCAUAUCUCCAAGGUUUGUCAGUCUACCCAGACCAGGAGCAUGGCCCUUCAAUUAAUAUGCUUCCAAGGCGUUUAAGUCAAGGUCUCUGUAGCUUGGUGCCAGGAGAAGAAAGGCUUGCAGUGUCUGUUGUUUUCAAGCUUGACAAUGAAGGGAGAAUGGUCGGACAACCAGACAUUCAUCGUAGUGUCGUGGUGUCUUGUUGUAAUCUUUCCUUUGAGGAAUGUGAUGCUAUCCUUGCUGGCGAUUCAAGACAAAAGCUGCCGGGAAACAUCGAACGAGAUGUCGCUCUUCUCAGCAAGUUGACCAGAAACAUCGCAGCGAGGCAAGCAAGGCAAGGGUGCAUAGCUGGGAUAGUGAAUUCUGUUCGUAAAAAUGGCUCAAAAUCUUCCCAAAUGGUAGAACAGCUGAUGAUAAUGACUAACUCUGCUGUAGCACAGAGGAUGUUGUUGUCAGAAAGAACAAGGCAUUUGGCGCCAUUAAGAAGACAGCUGCCGCCAAAGGUUCAUUUAUUAGAAUCUCUUAAUCAAUGGUGCAGAGACAAUGGGGUCCUCCAAAGUGGAUCUCUAUCGCUAAGAAGACUCCAGGACAAUGCUAGGCCACAGGACGAGGCAUUCAAAGACAUGAAGAUCGAGUUGUCCUGCCUGGGGCACAUUUCCACUGCUAUCAACGCAGAUAACCUUACUCAACUAACUGAAGCUCUUCUCAAGUGUGAUGAAGACCCUCUUAUCUCAGAAGCUCAUUCCCGCCUCUGUCUCAUCCAGGAACGAAGCCAGUACAUCGUGUCAUCCAGCUCCAACGCCGUCGUACUGAAGCAUUUCACACUUGGGUUAGAAUGUUACACCCACUUCAGUUCUCCGCUAAGAAGGUACUUUGACUUGGUGGUUCAUCGUUGUCUUCUGGCGUUGAUCUACGACGGGGAAUUACCCUACAGUGAAGCUGAACUCCAAAAGAUUUGUUUUGAUUGCCAGGUAACUUCAAGUCGAGCGAAUGUCUUCGAGAAAAACUGUUCGUCGACAGCUUUGGCGAACUCGCUUCGUUUUUCUCCAAAAUGGCGGACAGCAAAGAUUGAACGUGUUUCUCCUGAUCGCAUCACAAGUAUCUGUAAGAUAUCUGACAGCAGUAAGCCGUUGAAUAUAUGUACUAAAGUGCAAGAAUUGAGACCAGUGAAAACUGAAUUUGCUACAGCAGAUAAAGAGCUGCGUCUGACGUGGGAAAGUCGAGAAACCUUCACAAGUAGUUCACAACAAAACCCCAAGUCUCCAUCUCAACCCAAGAGCGACACUUUCUACGCUAGAAUCCCGUCUACGAGCUGGGUUUCCUUCGUUUCAGAAGUCGCGCGCUCCAACCUGAAAAAAGUCAUCAAGGAAUGGAAAAAAAUCAACUCGAGUUCUUUAGUCGUGGAUCACACCCCGUCAGUGACAGGUUCAGUCAGCGAUACGGAACUUACCCGACCAACAAGCGAAGCGCAACAGGGUUGUACUAGUCGAUUCCGUGCAAACAACCGCCUCCAGGUUCUGUUUGGAAGCGAGAAAAGACGGGGUUUGCUUCAACCUGAUGUUCAGGGUGUCCACGUGACGGGAGCUGGGUUCUCUUGCACGAGGCACCAGAGAAGUCCAGAUAGUUGUUUUUGCGCUCCUCUGACGUUCCMAACUCUACCUUACUAUUUGGAUGAGCAGCAUUAUCAGGGGGUGAUGGUGCCACUGCUGGAAGCUGAGGCUGCAGUAGCGGUGAUGGGGUCUGGUGGUAAACGAUUUGUGGUGGAAGAUGUGAAGCUUAGCUGGGUAACUGGGUCUGGGACAUCUGUUUGUGCAACCAUGAAGGUCCUUGAUGAUGAACAAAGAGGAUCCCAACUGUCUGUAGGCGACUACGCAUGCGUACGGUCUCUUCAUUUUUCUUCCACUGUAAGCACCGAGGAUGAUUCCUCUGGCAGUGAUCACAACAUCCUUCUCCACGCACGUGUCGCGCGCGUGAUAGAAAACAGAGAGUCCAAAGUUUAUACCCUACAACUUGUUGAGCCUUCAAGUUCCUUAUCAGCGGACAUCAUCAACAAUGACACGCGCCUGUACGAAAUCGAGUGCAUUCCUCAGGACCAGCGGUAUCGUGUAAUGAUUCAAGCAGUCAAAGACCUGUAUAAAGUCUCCGAUGARAUUCGCUCUGUUAUCCUUCAUCAGGACCURUUAUCUAAGCCACACAAGACAAACAUGUCUACACUUAAAGGCUUCCCUCUGGAYAUUGAUCAGGCUGAAGCAGUUAAAGCUGCUCUGAGCUUACCGCUGACCGUUAUUCAUGGACAACCAGGGACGGGUAAGACGUGGACAGCUGUAGCCAUCAUCUGUCAUUACAUCAACAGGAACUGGCAAGCUCAGGAUGGGCAAGUCUUGGUUUGUGCUCCGACUAAUAAAGCACUUGAUGUCCUUGCAAAAAUGCUGGUCAAAGUUCCUUCGGUGAAAAUCUUGCGAGUCUACUCUAGACAAGUGGAAUCAGAAGCCCUGAGCAAGUCCCAAGACUCUGACGAGCCCACUGUCAUACCGGAAUGCGAACCUGUCGCCCUGCACAUGCGCGUUCGUUCAGCCGACAACCCGAACGCCAACGCGUUGAUAUUUUGCGCUAAAGAAGUCGAACAGCUGAAAGAAAAAAUCGACGAAUCCAAGAAAAAAGGCAAAGAUUGUGGCGAGCUUGUUAAAAAGUUGAUUAGUAGGAAACUAAAGUACAACGCGAUUUUAGAAACUGCGGAACGGUACGAAUUUACCGAGAACUCAAUUCACGUCAUUCUCUGCACAUGCGUAGAAGCUGGGAGCCCACGCAUGCGCAAAUUUGCUCGAGUUACGCAGUGCAUCGUGGAUGAAAGCAAUAUGUGCCUGGAUGCUGAGCUCUUAGUGCCGUUAGUCACUGCUGGUCAGCAGUGUAAUCACGUGGUCAUAAUUGGUGAUCAUAAGGAACUCGUUCCAGUUCUUCGGAGUAAGUCGGCGAAGAAGUUGGGUCUCGGGAGAUCUUUGUUUGAAUCUCUUUGUGAACAUUACGAAGGAAAGAAGUAUACUUGCUGUUUGCUGAGGAUGCAGUUCCGUAUGCAUCCAAGCAUCCGCAUCUUCAGCUCAGAGUACUUCUACAAUAGCAAACCAGUCUUCGACGCGCCAGAAAUCACUGACUCCCUCAUCAGGAUGGAUGGGUUCUGGCCCAAUAAACAUGACGUGCGUCAUGUGUUCUGUCACGUGACUGGUAAAGAGCACAUGGUCACGUGCUUAUCUCUUGGAGACGAUCGAGAAGAAUGCCGGUUUAACCCUGUAGAAGUCGAUAAAAUUGUUUCCCUGGUGGGAAGACUUGCUUCACACGGCAUCAAGAGGAAGUACAUCUCCAUAAUCUCACCCUUCGCCUCCCAACGAGCGAAGAUCAAAGAUGCCCUGAAACGACAAACCAAAAUGGAGGAAAUACAGAUCACUUCACCAAUGGAUUCUCAAGGAAGUGAAAACGCUUUCGUAAUCAUCUCGACCGURCGCAGCAAGACACGUGACCAAAACGCAUAUUCCGAACAUUCUGGAAAGAUUGGUUGCCUAGGAGACGCGCAUCAAAUAAACGUCGCACUUACUCGGGCCCGACUUGGCCUCAUUAUCUUAGGUGAUCAAGACUUUCUUCGUUCAAUCUCCUUAUGGAACAAGCUUCUCAGUGAAUAUAAGUCACGUGACUGCCUUGUCGAUGGACGCUCGUGGCCGUAAAAGACUGGGCGCCAUCAACACCGGUUAUCAAUGUAAAUAUGAAUAUAUAUAUUAAACGUACAAGCUUAAGGCUUCUAAUAUAA